UGGGCGGGGCGUGCUCCGGUUGGUAACGGAGAGAAGACGCCAAAGCACACAAACUCUAUGGUCUUCUUGACUCUUUGAGAAGCGCCCGUUUCUAAAUGGCUACGACACCGGAUGACCAGUGGGAACCGGCGCUCCACGGAUGCCUCCACAACAGUAACAACAACAAUAACAACAACAACAAAGACAACGAGGCGGGAGAGAGCUCCGCCACAGCGGCCAGCGCGCCCGAACCUGGCGGGAAGACAUCGCCUAGCGUCGGAAAUGGCUCGGUCAUCAACCCCGCAGGAGGGAGUAAUGGAAAGUGGGUCCGGUUGAACGUCGGCGGCACCGUUUUCCUCACUACGAGGCAGACGCUCCUCAAGGAACAAACUUCGUUCCUGUACCGACUGUGCCAGCAGCAGGACCUACACUCUGACACGGAUGAGACGGGAGCCUAUGUGAUUGACAGAGAUCCCACCUACUUCGGACCCAUCCUGAACUACCUGCGACACGGCAAACUGGUCUACAACAAGGAGCUGGCUGAAGAAGGUGUCCUGGAGGAGGCUGAGUUCUACAACAUCACUCCUCUGAUUAAGCUGAUAAAGGAGCGGAUUGUUGAAAGGGACUCCAAGUCCACGCAGCAGGUUCCCCCUAAGCACGUCUAUCGAGUGUUGCAGUGCCAGGAGGAGGAGCUGACCCAAAUGGUCUCCACAAUGUCCGACGGCUGGAAGUUUGAGCAGGUCAGCGUGCGCGCCUGCAGAAAGCCCCGCACUGGACUGCUCUGGACUAUGGUGAACAUCGGCUCAUCAUACAGCUACGGAACAGAGGACCAGGCUGAGUUUUUGUGUGUAGUUUCCAAGGAGCUCCACACAGCCGGUUCUGGACUGGGUACAGAGCAGAGCCACAAAACAAAGCCGACGGAGACGCAGGAGGAGGAAGCGGCGAAGGAGGAGGAGGAGGAAGAGGGAGGGAGAGAAACCACACCGAAUGAGUGGCUUAGAGAAUGAGGGAGUCAUAUUUCUUUGUUCCAAAGAGUCGGGAAAGGCUUUUUCAAAUCCAUGGCUCCCGGAUGUAAACAUGAGCAGAACCUAAAGCGUUCAUUUAGGCUUAUUACAACAUCCUGUACAUGGCAUGUGUGUGUGUGCGCGAAUUUCAAAGAGCUGCUGGAAACAGGUCUGUAGCCUUUUUAAUGCUUUGGUGACAAACUGAAACAUAGACAUAUUUCGUAAAUAAGGUGAUCAGGGGUGCAAACUAACUUUUUGACCAACUCGCCAAGUGGCUAGUAGGUGAAAAAACAUACUCGCCAACCAUAUUUUUUACUCGCCAAAUGCCAAAACACUGCUGCCUUGGCAAUGUACUUUACAAAGAGCUUGCCGGUCUCGCGGUUCCUGUAGGUUUUGCCCACGGACAGCCCCUUUUUCUCAUCCAAGCUUAAAAGAAAGAGAGUAUAAAAACAUUCAAACAAUUGAACUCAAACAGCUAUACUUUCUAGUGCAUAAUGCAUAAAUGUCAGCCACGUUGCAGGAAUAACAAAAGCAAUAUAUGAUUAGCUAUUUACCAAUUUUAAAUCCCCAGACAUGGCAUGAAAAUAUAUCAGCAGCACACUGCUACCACUAUCAUUAAACUAUCCAAUCCUGCCACUGUAACAUUACAUCCAGACAUCAAACUAUAUAUCAACACUGUCACUGUCGAUGUGUAACCACAAUCAUUAAACUGUCACUUUACAUCCAUGGCAUUUGUAAUGUAAAUAUAAACACAGGACACAGCUAACAAUUACCUGCAUUGCCAGACGUAGUCGGUGAUGGGUCGACCUUUCUUGGCGAUGGCGUGCGCAUUUCGGAAAAGAAGCUUCAUCUUCUGGGUGUUUACGUCCGAGAGUUUAGUGAGAACUUGCACCGAGGGCGCUUCAUGGAGUGGGGCAGACUUGGCUUGCUUUAUUUUCAUAUUUUUGUCGUGGUUGCGAGUGCCUUCAUGUGAUAUUAUACUUUCAACUUUCAUCGAGGAGCAGCCCACAACAAAGUGACUCGCCUGACUUUUUUUGUCCUUUCCAAAAGUUGUGCACACAGUGCAAAACAUGAUGUUGUUCUUGACAGUCAGCCAGUCGCGUUUUUUCCCUGCAUCGUCGUAUAGCCACUUCGUCUGAAACUUUCUCCCCCCAGUUCCAGCGCUGGUCGGUUUGGGUUUCGCAGCAUUCGCAUCGCGACCCCCCUCCUCCUCCUCCUCCUCCUCCUCCUCCUCCGUCCGUGCCUUUUUAGCUAUGGGUUUCAGGAAGCGCCACAUAACGAUAAGAUUUAUAGGCUUAAGGCUAGGAAGAAUGAUUGUUAGCUAUUAAGACUCGAGUAACGUUACCGGUACACUCUGUGACUGUCGCCUGAGAGAUAUCCCUGUAGUGCGCGCUCUAAGCUAACUACUAGGCUAGCUAACUGCCGUCUCUUAGCAACUAGUCUACGGAACGUCGAACGUGACAUCACAACAAAUAUGUGCUUGGUAAAAUAAUGAUCUCCGUGUUGCUUUAGGUACCGGUAAGCGCUGCAUUAUUGCUGUUGUGAACCUCACUUUUUCAACUCGCCAGCGUGGCAAGUUAGGCAAAUAUUUUACUCGCCAAAGCUAAAAAUAGCUCGCAAAUGGCGACUGGCGAGUGUUAAUUUGCACCCCUGAAGGUGAUAUGUGCAAACUUUUACAACCAAAGACUCACGCGGAUCAUGACAAAGUAUUGAAUUUGGAAUGUUGUUGCCAUAGAGAUGCCCAAAUUAACCACCAAAUCAUGCAACAAUCUUUCCAUUAAUAUGAUAUAUAGCAACUCAUGUAGCAGAACAAGUAAAGGAAAAGCCUCAAGCUGCUGGUGCUUAAUAUGCAUCACCUUAUAGUAUUUGAUGGUGGAUAUUGUUUUCAUUCAAAUUGUCCCCAGUGGCAGCUUGUGGGAACUGCACCUCACUGUACAUGUUUGCCCCCUGUUGAUGGUAUUUCCUCAAAUAGAGCCUCUACUCCAAUAAUGCCUCAAAUAAUGGAAACAAAAAAAGCCUCAUUUAAAUAGAGGCCUUCUUGAAAGAGUUGGUACUUUUUACUCUAUAGCCGCGUCUUUCUGCAUAGUUCUGUUUAGGACAAUACUCUUAUUUGGUCAUGUUUAUACUGUGUGGGCGGAAUGCUGCAGGAUCUCAUAUCAGAGAAACAGAAGGCUUUUAGUAACAAUACCAUUUUAAAUACUCUUUUUGUGGGGUUUUUUUUUUAUUAUUUUAAACAACAUUAAAAAAAGACACAAGAUACACUUACCAUUAGUGCAUCAACCCAAGAAAACCCUCCCUCCCCCAUUCACACUCAUCCACACUCAUUUACACAAAAGGGGCUGUCUCUUUCUGUUAAAAAAACAACAACUUCUGGUUCCUACAAUAUAGAAUAAUACAGUCUGCAAGGGAUACAGUCUUUAGAGCACACAUGAUUGUGUGUGGUGCUGGUCCACUAACAUUUUCACUAAUUACUAUUUUUUAUGUAAUUGUUUUUAAAUUGCUUUAUUUUCAAACAAAACAAACAAAGGACCUUAACUUCACCAGACCGGGUUGUCAAUUAAAUCAGAUUGUUCAAAAGGGUUCUUAAAACCAGGUCCAGUUCAGAUUACGUCCAGAUCGGGCUCAGCAACACACACCUUCACCCAUGUACACCAAAAACCAGGGAACACAACAGGUUGCAUACAAUCCACAAACAAAAAUAAAUUUUCAAAUUAAGCACCCAUGUACAGUCCAGAUCACAUCCAAAUCGAACUCAGCAACACAUACCUUCAUUUAUGUAUACUUAAAAUAGGGAAUACAACAACAGAUUGCAUAUCAUAUAUAAACAAAAUUACAUUUUCAAAAUAAGCCUUUGAGGACUUCCCAUCUUUUUUUAUGUUUUUUGGCAUCACUAUCGUUUUCAACCAUAUAAUUUUCUAAAGUUAAAAAAUACUGAAUAAAUGUUUUAAAAAAAGAAAUACUAAGUGAAUAUCUGUUUUUUGGCUUAAAAAUAAACCUUUUACCGAGUACUAUAAUUAAAUUGACUAAAUCAUGAUUGUCAAUGAACUCUCCUAAAAUAACAGAAACCACAUCAAGCUUCAUAAACAAACCAAUCUUUAAACACAUUUCUUCAACUUCCACCCAAAAUGAAGACACAAUAUGACAAUACCAAAACAAAUGUAGGGUGGAUUCAGGCUCCUGACAACAAAAUCGGCAAUCAUCUGACUCUGUCAUAUUCCAUAUUUUUAACAUUUUUCCCGUGGGUAGGAAGUUAUAAAUAAUUUUAAUUUGAAAAUAACGAUUUUGCACAUCGAUAGUGGUUUUGUAGAUUAAUUUGAAUAUUGCAUCCCACGGCAACGGGCAGUCAAAAAAGUCCUCCCAUUUUCCAUAUGUGUUGUAUGGGGCAGCCUUCAAAGAUUUCUUUAUUAAAUAAAACUUAUAUAUUUUUCUAUUUAUUUUAGUUCCUUUUUGCCAACUAGAAUUUCUUAUUAAGGGUUUACAAUCUAAUAAUUUAGUAGUUCCAUAAUUAAUUUGUUUCCAUCUUUUCCCAAUGACUCCAGUUAGUUGAUUAAAUGAAAAGCUUGAACAAGCAUCACCAUACAUAUUUGUAAAUUCAUCAUAUUUCAUAAUUGUUCCAUUAUCAUUGAUAAUGUCAUUGACAAAAAUGAUUCCUCUUUCAAACAUAUUUUUCCAAAAGAAAGGCUUUCCAUCUAUUACAAUAUUAGAGUUCAUCCAUAUUAUUUGCUGCAAAAUAUCAUCUCUUUUUUCUGGUAAAUAAAAUUGAAAACACCACCAUGAGUGGAUUGUUUCCUUUAUGAACCCCGCCAUGUUUCCCAGCAGACUCUCUACAUAAGGAAAAUGGGAGGGGAUCACUUGUAAAAAAGGAUACCAUUUAUUUUGAUACAAUACAUGUUUUUUGUCCAACAGGACACUUGUGUACCACUCAGUGUUUAAAUACAUCUUUGGAACAAUUGAUGCUUUUAAAGACAGACACAUAGCUUCAAGAUUGAGAAGUUUCAGGCCCCCAUAUUCAUAUUCAUUGUACAAAACCUUUCUUUUAAUCCUUUCUGGUUUGCCGUCCCAGACAAAAUCGAAGACCCUCCGCUCAUAAAUCUUAAAAAAGUUUUGUGAUGGAGCUGGUAAUGACAAAAACAAAUAAAUAAAUUGAGGAAUAAUUAACGAGUUGACAAUAGAUACUUUACCAUACAAGGUUAAGGAUUUCCCUUUCCAUAAUUGCAUAAUUUUAUCCAGCUUUCUUAGUCGAUUAUCAUAAUUUACUGAGCCUAGAUCUUCCAGGUUCUCUGGGACAACAACACAAAGUAUGUUAACUGGUCCAUCUGUCCACAAAACAGGCAUUUUGCAUUCCAUUCGAAAGGACGUUCCCUUUAGAUUUCCGAUCCUUAAUAUUUUACAUUUAUCAUAAUUUAGCUUAAACCCAGAUUGCUGUGAAAAUAUGUCCAAAAGAUCAAGAAGGUUUUGCAGACAAUGAGGAUUGGGGCUUAUAAAGAAGCUUGUAUCGUCUGCAUACAUUGUUAUUUUACUUUCAAUAUUAUUAUUACUGAGCCCUUCAAUAUUUUUAUUCAAUCUAACUUUAAUCGCCAAUAUUUCCAUAGCAAUAAUAAAUAAGUAUGGAGACAAAGGGCACCCUUGUUUUAGACCUCUUAAUAGAGGUAUUGUCCCAGAGAUGUAUCCAUUAUUGAUAAUUCUACAAUUAGUUUUAUUGUAUAGCGUCUUGAUCCAGUGUAAUAAGGAGUUGCCAAAAUUGAAAAAAACUUAAGCUUUUACAAAUAAAAUCCAAGCUAAUUUUGUCAAAAGCCUUCUCCAGGUCGGCUACAAAAAUUAAUCCUCUUUUAUUUUCCAUAUUAUAAUUUUCUAUAAUUUCUAAUAACUGUCUAAUAUUGUUUCCUAUAUUUCUUCCUUGUAGGAAGCCUGAUUGAUCUUGGUGAAUAAUAUUUGACAAAACAGACUUAAGUCGUGUAGCCAAACAUUUUGCCAGGAUCUUGGCAUCAUAACACUGAAGUAUUAUUGGUCUCCAAUUUUUUAGAUGAACUGGGUCUUUAUACUGACCAUUUAUUUCCUGUUUCAAUAAUAAGGAAAUAAAACUUUCUGUUUGAGUGUUGGACAAAAAACCUGUUUUAUAUGCGUAAUUAAAACUAGAAAGUAAUGGUUUCUUAAGAUCUUCAUACAAUACUUGAUAAACCUCAAUAGGUAUUCCAUCUAAUCCUGGGGUUUUCCCUGGAUGAAAGGAUUUAACAGCUUCCACAAGUUCUUCCUCUCUAAUGAGGCCUUCACAUGAAUGGCUUUCUUCCGAAUUCAAUUUUCUUUCAUAAUUUUCUUGAAAAAAAAUUGUAGUUUCAGGAGGGAUUACUGGAUUAGAAAAAAUGUUUUUAAAGUAAUUUUCCAUUUCUUUCAACAAUGUGGUGUGUGUAUCCAAUACCUUUCCAUUUGUUUUAAUAAGCUUAGAAAUGUUCUUUUUAGAACGAUUUUUUGUUUGGAUAUUUAAAAAUAAUUUUGAACACUUCUCACUUUUUUUCCUCCAGAUUGCUCUGUUGCAGUCAUAACUUUUCAAUAAUUGUUUUUCAACUAAAUCUGCUAACUCCUCUUGUUUGGCUGUAAAGGUAUUCAGUUGCUCACUAGUUAGAUUAUCAUUACUGUCAAUGUUUUUUUGUAAAUCCUCAAUUUCUUUCUUUAAUUCCUGUUCUGCCGCUUUAAUUUUUUUUUUUCCCAUGAAGAGUAUGCAAUGGCAUAUCCCCUAAAACAGGGGUCACCAACGCGGUGCCUGCGGGCACCAGGUCGCCCGUAACGACCAGAUGAGUCGCCCGCGGGCCUGUUCUAAAAAAAUAAUAAUAAUAAUAAUAAAAAAAAUUUUUUUUUUUUUUUUUAAAAUUAAAUCUACAUAGAAAAAACACAAGAUACACUUUCAAUCAGUGCAUCAACCCAAACAACCUCCCCCAUGCACACUCAUCCACACCCACUCACACAAAAGGGGUUAUUUCUUUCUGCUACCAAUAUUCUGGUUUCCACAACAUAGACAACACAUCUGCAAGGGACACAGUCCCUGAAGCACACAUGAUUGUAUAGGCUGCUGGUCCACUAAAAUUUUCAUUAAUUACUAUUUUUUAUGUAAUUAUUUUUAUAUUGUUUUACUUUAUUUUUUAUCCAAGAAAAUGUUUUUUAUUUAUUUAUCUUAUUUUAUUGUAUUUUUAAAAAAAGGGCCUUAUCUUCAACAGACCAGGUUGUCAAUGAAAUUAGAUUUGUUUAAAGGGUUUUUUAAACCAGGCCCAGUCCAGAUAAUGUCCAAGUCGGACUCAGCAACACACACCUUCAUUCAUGUACACAGAAAAAAAUUAGGGAACACAACAGAUUGCAUAUAAUUUAUAAACAAAAUUACAUUUUCAAAAUAAGCAUUUAUGUACAGUCCAGAUUAUGUCCAGGUCACUCAAAUUAGGGAACACAACAACAGAUAUCAUAUAAUCUAUAAACAUAAUUAUACUUUCAAAAUAAGCCUUUGAGGACUUCUCAUCUUUUUUUUAAUGUUUUUUGGCAUCAUUAUCGUUUUCAACCAUGUAACUUUCUAAAGUUAGAAAAUACUGAAUAAAUGUUUUAAAGAAAGUAAUACUAAGUGAAUAUCUGUUUUUGGCCUUAAAAAUAAACAUUUUACCGAGUACUAUAAUUAAAUUGACUAAAUCAUGAUUGUCAAUGAACUCUCCUAAAAUAACAGAAACCACAUUAAGCUUCAUAAACAAACCAAUCCUUAAACACAUUUUUUCAACUUCCACCCAAAACAAAGACACAAUAUGACAAUACCAAAACAAAUGCAGGGUGGAUUCAGGCUCCUGACAACAAAAUCGGCAAUCAUCUGACUCUGUCAUAUUCCAUAAUUUUAACAUUGUCCCUGUGGGUACGAAGUUAUAAAUAAUUUUAAUUAGAAAAUAACGAUUUUGCACAUCGAUAGUGGUUUUAUAGAUUAGUUUGAAUAUGGCAUCCCAUGGCAACGGGCAGUCAAAAAAGUCCUCCCAUUUUCCAUUUGUGUUGUAUGAGGCAGCCUUCAAAGAUUUCUUUAUUAAAUAGAAAUUAUAUAUUUUUCUAUUUAAUUUAGUUCCUUUUUGCCAACUAGAAUUUCUUAUUAGAGGUUUACAAACUAAUAAUUUAGUAGUUCCAUAAUUAAUUAUUUGUUUCCAUCUUUUCCCAAUUACUCCAGUUAGUUGAUAAAAUGAAAAGCUUGAGCAAGCAUCACCAUACAUAGCUCUAAAUUCAUCAUACUUCAUAAAUUUACCAUUCUCAUUGAUAAUAUCAUUGACAAAAAUGAUUCCUCUUUCAAACAUAUUUUUCCAAAAGAAAGGCUUUCCAUCUAUUACAAUAUUAGAGUUCAUCCAUAUUAACUGCUGCAAAAUAUCGUCUCUUUUUUCUGGCACAUAAAAUUGAAAACACCACUAUGAGUGGAUUGUUUCCUUUAUGAACCCCGCCAUGUUUCCCAGCAGACUCUCUGGGAGGGGAUCACUUGUAAAAAAGGAUACAAUUUCUUUUGAUACAGUACAUGUUUUUUGUCCAACAGGACAUUUGUGUACCACUCAAUGUUUAAAUACAUCUUUGGAACAAUUGAUGCUUUUAAAGACAGACACAUAGCUUCAAGGUUGAGAAGUUUCAGGCCCCCAUAUUCAUACUCUUUGUACAAAACCUUUCUUUUAAUCUUUUCUGGUUUGCCGUUCCAGACAAAAUCGAAGACCCUCCGCUCAUAAAUCUUAAAAAAGUUUUGUGAUGGAGCUGGUAAUGACAAAAACAAAUAAAUAAAUUGAGGAAUAAUUAACGAGUUGGCAAUAGACAUUUUACCAUACAAGGUUAGGGAUUUCCCUUUCCAUAAUUGCAUAAUUUUGUCCAGCUUUCUUAGUCGAUUAUCAUAAUUUACUGAGCCUAGAUCUUCCAGAUUUUCUGGGACAACAACACCAAGUAUGUUAACUGGUCCAUCUGUCCACAAAACAGGCACUUUGCAUUCUAUUCGAAAGGACGUUCCCUUUAGAUUUCCGAUCCUUAACAUUUUACAUUUAUCAUAAUUAAGCUUAA